GGAUCAGUGAGAUUUCUCUGCACGAAGUAUGCGAUAGUAUCAGACUAAAGUUGCGCUUUCUACAACUUUUCUUUGAGUUUCUAAAAAGUUUGCCCCUCUCUCGGUUUAUCUUCCAGUGUGAAACAAGUUUGAAGAAUGGUUACUGAGACAGUUAAAGAGGAACCUGUUGGUUGCGAGGCAACCGAGGAACCAUCGAAGAAGGCGUCCAAGAAAGCAGCAAAGGAUGCGGCAAAAGCCGCAAAGAAAGCAGAACAUAAGGCAGCCGCAGCGGAAGCUUCCGGUGCGGCCGAUGCUUCCGUCGAUGAUUCAGGCGUGGAUUAUGCGGCGGAAAGGUAUGGAGUGAUGAAAAUGAUCCAAAGCGUCGAAAGGUACGCCGACCGUUCGUUCGUCGCAGUUUCGGAACUGGCCCAAUGCAAGCGGGAAGCGGUGGUGUGGGUGCGGGGCCGUGUCCAUACGUCCCGGUGCAAAGGCAAACAGUGUUUUUUGGUGCUACGCCAGCAAAGUAGCACCGUACAGUGUUUGCUCGCCGUCAACGAUACUGUCUCGAAGCAGAUGGUCAAAUUUUCUGGCAGCAUUCCGCGCGAAAGUAUCGUCGACCUGAAGGCACGCGUUAUUCCCGUCGAGCAGCGUAUUGAGUCGUGCACGGAGCAGACGCUUGAACUGCACGGUCUCGAGCUGUUCCUGCUUUCGGCUGCCAAGGCGCAGCUUCCGCUACAGAUCGAGGACGCGUCGCGGCCCGAAAAGUCUGACGACCCCGAAGCGUUAAAAAUUCGCGUCAACCAAGACACCCGACUGGACAACCGAGUGCUGGAUCUACGCACCCCCGCCAAUCAAGCCAUAUUUCGGCUGGAGGCGGGCGUUUGCAAGCUCUUUCGCGACGUGCUGACGGCGAAAGGUUUCACGGAGAUACACACGCCGAAAAUCAUCUCCGCUGCCAGCGAAGGUGGCGCAAACGUCUUUACGGUCAGCUACUUUAAAGACUCGGCGUACUUGGCACAAUCGCCCCAGCUGUACAAACAGAUGGCGAUUGCGGCCGAUUUUGACAAAGUGUUUACGGUCGGAGCGGUGUUUCGGGCGGAGGACUCCAACACCCACCGGCAUCUGACGGAGUUCGUUGGAUUGGAUCUGGAAAUGGCGUUCAAGUACCACUACCACGAGGUCCUGGAUACGAUCGGCAACACGUUCACGGAGAUGUUUAAAGGGUUGCGCGAUAAUUACGCGAAAGAGAUUGCCGCCGUCGGUCAGCAGUACAACGUGGAACCGUUUAAGUUUCUGGAACCACCGCUAAAGCUCGAAUUUGCCCAAGCGGUCGCAAUGUUGCGUGAGGCGGGCGUUCAGAUGGAAGACGAGGAGGACUUGUCGACGCCGAGCGAAAAGCUUCUGGGCCGCCUGGUGAAGGCAAAGUAUGACACCGACUUUUACAUGCUCGACAAAUUUCCACUCGCCGUGCGGCCUUUCUACACGAUGCCCGAUCCGACCAACGCCAAGUACUCGAACUCGUACGAUAUGUUUAUGCGCGGCGAGGAGAUCCUUUCCGGGGCCCAACGAAUACACGACCCGGACUAUCUGAUCGAACGCGCGAAGCUGCACGCGAUUGACCUGUCGAAGAUAGCGGCCUACAUCGAUGCAUUCCGGUACGGAUGUCCACCGCAUGCCGGCGGUGGAAUCGGUAUGGAGCGAGUGGUGAUGCUGUACCUCGGGUUGGACAACAUUCGCAAAACAUCCAUGUUCCCGCGCGAUCCGAAACGGCUAACGCCGUAAUCGUCAGAAACGGUUCCCAUAAAUGAACAUCAUGCUUAAAUAAGAAGAAGGAUGCAAGAUCGAGACCGGAACGGGUUAGACCUGACGCACACAUCGAGCACCGACUGACUGGCUGGAGGGGCCUGAGUUUAUUCGACGUAAGAAUGGUGAAACGAAAAUCAACACUACCUUGGGAAUAAAUUAAACAAAAUCUUAU